UUCAACUGACAUUUGAGACUGGAAAAGGUGUCAAAAUUAAAAUCGUUCCGCAGGAAGCAAUGCACGGUUUUUUCUUUGCUGGGUUUAUUCAAUUUAAUUUGUUGUAAUUUUGGAGGUUUGCAAGUUUUAAUUUUGAAACGCCGGUACACUUCAUUUGCAAACAUGUCCGAGGUGGAAAAUUGGAUCGAAAUUGCCAAACAGUGUAAAUAUCUGCCCGAAACGGACUUGAAGAAGUUGUGUGAUAUUGUUAGCGAAAUUCUUUUGGAGGAGUCGAAUGUGCAGCCUGUCUCAACUCCAGUGACGAUAUGUGGUGAUAUUCACGGACAGUUUUAUGAUCUGGAAGAGCUGUUCAGAUGUGGUGGCCAGGUGCCAGACACAAACUACAUAUUUCUAGGUGAUUUUGUCGACCGAGGGUAUUACAGUCUUGAGACAUUCACCCGAUUGCUAACUCUCAAAGCAAAAUAUCCAAAUAAAAUUACUCUACUCAGGGGCAACCAUGAAAGUAGACAAAUCACACAAGUAUAUGGCUUCUAUGAUGAGUGUCUUACAAAAUAUGGCAAUGUGAAUGCAUGGAAAUACUGCUGCAAUGUUUUUGAUUUGUUAACUGUGGCAGCUUUAGUAGAUGAAAGAAUAUUGUGUGUACAUGGUGGACUAAGUCCAGAUAUAAAAACAGUAGAUCAAAUCAGGUGUCUGGAGCGCAAUCAGGAGAUUCCACAUAAAGGAGCAUUCUGUGAUCUGGUCUGGUCUGACCCAGAAGACAUUGAUGGUUGGUCAGCAAGCCCCAGAGGGGCUGGUUUUCUAUUUGGUGCUAAAGUAACACAUGAUUUCAUGUGGAUUAAUGGCUUGUCACUUAUAUGUAGGGCACAUCAAUUAGUACAUGAAGGUUAUAAAUACAUGUUUGAUGAGAAGUUGGUGACUGUAUGGUCGGCGCCGAAUUAUUGCUAUCGCUGCGGGAACGUGGCGAGCAUAUUAGAAUUCCAGACGCCCGACAAGGUGGAGGCGAAUUUGUUUCAGGCGGUGCCGGAAGCUGAACGCGUCAUACCAAAUCGGACUGUAACGCCGUACUUUUUAUAAUUCCGAUCAAUGUUCAACAUACAUCCUUUUAUUGAAUAGGUGACACUAAUAGGUUUUUAUUAUAUUCACACAUGCAAAAAGAGAACUUAGAUGCUCAUGUUCAUUAUGUAAAUGUAAUUCCUGUUUUAUUAUAUAAAAAAAUUUGUAACUUGACAAA